GCAGCUCCCUGCAGUGGCAAAAGCAGGGGCUGCCCCACUGAGAGCACAGCCUGGCUCUGCGCCAGCCAGCCCGGCCCCUCCUGCCUUUGCCGCUGUGCUCGCGGGAAGAGGCUCUCGAUAAAGUUAGAUUUGAAGAGCCAGGAGACAAGAUGGCAGCCUGCAUGGGGAAAGUAGCAGCAGGGCUUCUUACCAGAUUGCAAACUACAGCACCCACGGUACGGACUUUAUCAGUGUCACGCUCCUUAACUCAAAAAGUUCCAUGCUCUUUGUGGAAAUUGGGGCGACUCAAUCAUGUAGCAAUUGCGGUACCUGAUUUGGAAAAGGCCCAGUCUUUUUACAAGAGUGUUUUAGGAGCCCAGGUGAGUGAGACAGUUCCUCUUCCUGAACAUGGCGUCUACACUGUUUUUGUGGAGCUGGGAAACACAAAGCUGGAACUGCUGCACCCUCUGGGAGAAAAAAGUCCAAUUUCAGGCUUUCUGCAAAAAAACAAGGCUGGAGGAAUGCAUCAUAUCUGCAUUGAGGUUGAUGAUAUAAAAGCAGCUAUGGCAGAACUGAAGGAAAAGAAGAUCCGAAUAUUGAGCGAAGAGCCCAAAAUAGGGGCGCACGGCAAACCAGUGAUUUUUCUCCACCCUAAAGAUUGUGAUGGAGUCCUUGUAGAACUUGAGCAAGCCUGAGCUGUAAUUCUAAAAAAUGAAAUUAUGAACUAAUUGCAAACCCAAUGAGAUGGUGUUGGAAUUUGUAUUAUGCCUUGCACUGUGUAAAAGUCGUUGUACUUAAUUCUUUCUUGUUGAUUAAACGCAUUACAGCUCUUAAGUUGUGAAAUGUGGAGAAAUAAAACUACAUACAGGAGGAAGCUAAAGCACUGUUAACCCUCCUAGUCAUCUGGGGCUGUGACUUUUUUGUUUUGUUCAGACCUUCAAAAAUAAUACAUUUAAAUGUGUUUGGAUUCCAUUAGACUUUGAAUUUAAAUAGUAACAUGAGCUGAGGUACAUAUACAAUAUAAAGUCUUUUUUUUUUUUUUUUUGUUAUAUCACAGUUUGUGGCAUAAUUUUUAUAUAUAGAUUUCUAGGUUACCCUAUAUCAUUUUGCUCUGUAUUACCCACUUCUAGAUGACAAGAAGAUGGCUCAGAUAUUGCUGUAAGAAAGAAGUCUACAAGAGAACAUUGUAUUUUCUGUCCCCAUCAUUAUAAGCAUUAUCUGAGCUCCAUAUUGAUUGGUUCAUUCAGUUAUAGGAUCCUUGUAUUAUUGUAUGGAUGUCUGCGAUUGCUAAGCAACUGUUCUCUACCAUAACAAUUGCUGCCAAGAAAACCGUUGUGUCUAAAUCACCAUUUUGUAGCUUUAUGUAUUACAUAUAUAUGGAAAAAAAUCAAGACUUUUAGGGGCAUAAUUGGUUUAUUUUAAAUAUACUGUGAUUACCAAAUGCUUAUUUUGUUUUAGUUUUGUCAGCAGAUAUAUCUUUGAUUUUUAAAUUUUAAGCUCAUACUGAUUUAUUCUGUUUUCUUCCUGAUUGAUCUUGAGUGCCUGAACUGAAACCUGACUAUUAGGAAAAUAUCUGGGACAUACCAAAAAAAGGCUAAUGACUAAUAUUUUAAUUUAUAUUUUGUUUUCCUGUAUAAAAACAUUUUCAGGUGAUAUCUUAUUUAAAAUUUGUAUGAAUUUUUAUUUUACCAAGAGAUAAAUAAAGCCAUCUAGGUCCUGAUGCUGCAAAUACUAACUUUACAUCUCAGAGUAGUUCUGCUGAAGUCAGUGAGACUACUCAUGUUUGAGUGUUUGCUAGAUUGGGACCAUAGUUUAUAAGUGGCCAAAUCCUGUUCGCUUUUUCAUGAGAAGGCUCUUCUUCACUUUAAUAAAGCUAAUCACAUGGGUAACGAACACCAUUUGGCCCAAUCUCUUUUUUUACAUUUUUGGGGGGGCAUCUACAGCAGAAAUAGAAAUUGCAUAUUUGAAGGCCACAUCCUUAAAUGUUAAAUAAUAAGCUCUUUAAAGGAUUUAUAAAUAAUUAGAUUAUUCUAUAUUUUAUAGGAUAAAGCAUAUUUCUGAAUUUCACUCUUAGAGCUCUGGAUAUAAUUAGAGGAAGUGUUUCCUCCUUUUAGGAACAGGUUAUUUUUUUUUAUCCAGUUUUAAUCCAUAAUAAUCGGGCACUAGUGUAGAAGUUAAAUAAUUUGUGCUUUAUUUCCUGUUUGCUACAAUAAAAACAGAUAUAUGAUGACAGGUUUCAGAGUAACAGCCGUGUUAGUCUGUAUUCGCAAAAAGAAAAGGAGUACUUGUGGCACCCUAGAGACUAACCAAUUUAUUUGAGCAUGAGCUUUCGUGAGCUACAGCUCACUUCAUCGGAUGCAUACUGUGGAUCCGAUGAAGUGAGCUGUAGCUCACGAAAGCUCAUGCUCAAAUAAAUUGGUUAGUCUCUAAGGUGCCACAAGUACUCCCUUUUCUUUUUGAGAUAUAUGAUGGUCACCUAAGUCAGAUUUAAUCAGGACUUUGAAGAUCCUGAAAGCUUGUGUGGUGGUCUUCUGACGCAAGAACCUUAAUAAUGCAAGAAAUCUUGUUAUACAUUAAAGGUGUUAACUUUG